GAGCUCGCCUUGCAGACGGCCACUAACAGGGCUAUAGCGCUCAACCUGCCGUCUCCUCCUGCACAACUCUCCGUGCAGCUCAUCUAACCGCGGGUAACGAUGGCCGAAGGGGGGGAAGGCGAAGAUGAGAUCCAGUUCCUGCGAACUGACGACGAGGUGGUACUGCAGUGCUCCACCACCAUCCACAAGGAGCAGCAGAAGCUAUGCCUGGCCGCCGAGGGCUUCGGGAACAGACUCUGCUUCCUCGAGUCCACCUCCAACUCCAAGAAUGUUCCUCCAGACCUGUCCAUCUGCACCUUCGUGCUGGAGCAGUCGCUGUCCGUCCGGGCCCUGCAGGAGAUGCUGGCCAACACGGAGGAGAAAGCUGAAGGGAAAUUCAUGAUGAAGACUGCCCAGGGAGGGGGUCACCGCACCCUCCUAUACGGCCACGCUGUGCUGCUCCGACACUCCUACAGCGGGAUGUACCUUUGCUGUUUAUCCACUUCGCGCUCUUCGACCGACAAAUUGGCGUUCGAUGUCGGACUGCAGGAAGACACCACAGGAGAGGCAUGCUGGUGGACCAUCCACCCCGCCUCCAAGCAGAGGUCAGAGGGUGAAAAGGUGCGAGUGGGAGACGACCUGAUCCUGGUCAGCGUCUCGUCUGAACGGUACCUGCACUUGUCCUACGGCAACGGAAGUCUUCAUGUGGACGCUGCCUUCCAGCAGACCCUUUGGAGUGUGGCGCCCAUCUGCUCCGGGAGUGAAGUCGCUCAGGGCUACCUGAUCGGUGGUGACGUGCUAAGACUGCUGCACGGCCACAUGGACGAGUGCCUGACAGUCCCAUCUGGGGAGCACGGAGAGGAGCAGCGCAGGACAGUGCACUACGAAGGCGGGGCCGUGUCCAUCCACGCGCGCUCCCUCUGGAGGCUGGAGACGCUGCGAGUCGCGUGGAGUGGCAGCCAUAUCCGCUGGGGGCAGCCAUUCCGGCUGAGGCACGUCACCACGGGAAAAUACCUCAGCCUGACAGACGACCGGGGCCUGCUGCUUAUGGACAAGGAGAAGGCCGACGUCAAGUCCACGGCCUUCUGCUUUCGCUCCUCUAAGGAGAAGCUGGACUUCGGGGCCAGGAAAGAGGUCGACGGCAUGGGCGUCCCUGACAUCAAGUACGGCGACUCCGUGUGCUACGUUCAGCACGUGGACACCUGCCUGUGGCUGACCUACCAGGCCGUCGAUGCCAAAUGCGCCAGGAUGGGCGGCGUGCAGCGCAAGGCCAUCAUGCAUCAUGAGGGCCAUAUGGACGAUGGACUGACCCUGUCGCGCUCACAGCACGAGGAAUCCCGCACUGCGCGGGUCAUCCGCAGCACCGUCUUCCUCUUCAACCGCUUCAUCAGGGGACUCGAUGCCCUGAGUAAAAAAGGGAAGACCUCCACGCUAGACCUACCAAUUGAGUCGGUCAGCUUGAGCCUGCAGGAUCUGAUUGGCUACUUCCAGCCGCCCGACGAGCACCUGGAGCACGAGGACAAGCAGAACAGAUUGCGGGCAUUGAAGAACAGACAGAAUCUCUUCCAGGAAGAGGGCAUGAUUAACUUGGUACUGGAGUGCAUCGACCGCCUGCACGUGUACAGCAGCGCUGCUCAUUUUGCCGACGUAGCUGGGAGGGAAGCCGGAGUGGCCUGGAAGUCCAUCUUGAACUCGUUAUACGAGCUUCUGGCCGCCUUGAUAAGGGGUAACCGGAAGAACUGUGCCCAGUUCUCCGGCUCCCUGGACUGGCUCAUCAGUAGGCUGGAGCGACUGGAGGCCUCAUCUGGCAUUUUGGAGGUUCUGCACUGUGUCCUGGUGGAAAGCCCAGAAGCUCUCAACAUCAUCAAGGAAGGACACAUCAAGUCCAUCAUCUCCCUCCUGGACAAACAUGGGAGGAACCACAAGGUCCUGGACGUACUCUGCUCUCUGUGCGUGUGCCACGGGGUGGCGGUGCGCUCCAACCAGCACCUCAUCUGUGACAACCUGCUCCCUGGCCGGGACCUGCUCCUCCAGACGCGGCUCGUCAACCAUGUCAGCAGCAUGAGGCCAAACAUCUUCCUGGGCAUCAGCGAAGGUUCUGCCCAGUACCGGAAGUGGUAUUAUGAGCUCAUCGUGGACCACGUGGCGCCGUUCGUCACGGCUGAGGCCACCCACCUCCGCGUGGGCUGGGCGACGACCGACGGCUACUCCCCCUACCCCGGGGGUGGAGAGGGCUGGGGAGGCAACGGCGUAGGGGACGAUCUCUACUCCUACGGCUUCGACGGUCUUCAUCUAUGGUCAGGCUGCGUCGCCCGGACGGUGAGCUCGCCCAAUCAGCAUCUCCUUCGGGCGGACGACGUGGUCAGCUGCUGUCUGGACCUCAGUGCGCCCAGCAUCUCCUUCCGCAUCAACGGGCAGCCCGUCCAGGGCAUGUACGAGAACUUCAACUCAGACGGCCUGUUCUUCCCUGUCGUCAGCUUCUCGGCCGGGGUCAAAGUGCGCUUCCUGCUGGGGGGCCGUCACGGGGAGUUCAAGUUCCUCCCACCCCCUGGGUACGCGCCGUGCUUCGAGGCCGUGCUGCCCAGGGAGAAGCUGAGGGUGGAGCACAGCCAGGAGUACAAGCAGGACCACAGCGGCACGCGAGAUCUGCUGGGGCCCACGGUGACCCUGACGCAGGCGGCUUUCACGCCCACUCCUGUGGACACCAGCCAGAUCGUCUUACCUCCUCACCUGGAGCGGAUCCGGGAGAAGCUUGCAGAGAACAUUCACGAGCUCUGGGUCAUGAACAAGAUCGAGCUUGGCUGGACCUUCGGAACAAUUCGAGACGACAACAAACGACAGCACCCAUGCCUGGUGGAGUUCUCCAAGCUUCCGGAACAGGAGCGCAGCUAUAACUUACAGAUGUCUCUGGAGACGCUGAAAACGCUGCUUGCCCUUGGAUGUCAUGUGGGAGUGGCUGAUGAGCGCGCAGAAGACAAAGUGAAGAGCCUGAAGCUUUCUACCAAAUAUGAGCUGUCGAGUGGGUACAAGCCUGCUCCCAUGGAUCUGAGCCACAUCAAGCUGUCCUCCUCCCAGGAAGCCAUGGUGGACAAGCUGGCAGAGAACGCACACAACGUUUGGGCCCGGGACAGAAUCCGGCAAGGCUGGACCUAUGGCAUCCAGCAGGAUGUGAAGAACAGAAGAAAUCCUCGUCUCGUUCCGUAUGCCCUGCUGGAUGAACGGACCAAAAAGUCCAACAAAGACAGUCUGAGGGAGGCAGUCCGCACCCUGCUGGGAUAUGGGUACAACCUGGAGGCCCCCGACCAAGAUCAUGCCGCCAGGUCGGACAUCAGCAACAUGACGGCAGAACGGUUCCGGAUCUUCCGCGCCGAGAAGACCUACAGCGUGAAUGCCGGGAAGUGGUACUUCGAGUUUGAGAUGGUGACGGCGGGGGAGAUGAGGGUGGGCUGGGCCCGGCCCGACUGCCUACCGGACUGGGAGCUGGGCUCCGAUGACCAGGCCUUCGUCUUCGACGGCUUCAAAGCUCAGCGGUGGCAUCAAGGCAACGAGCACUUUGGCCGCUCCUGGCAGCUCGGCGACGUGGUGGGCUGCAUGGUGGACAUGAACGAGCACACCAUGAUGUUCACGCUCAACGGAGAGGUGCUCCUCGAUGACUCCGGGUCAGAGCUGGCGUUCAAGGACUUCGAAGUUUGCGAAGGCUUCAUCCCCGUGUGCAGCCUGGGCGUAUGUCAGGUGGGCCGGAUGAACUUCGGCAAGGAUGUCAGCACGCUGAAGUACUUCACUAUCUGCGGCCUGCAGGAGGGAUUCGAACCUUUCGCCGUCAACAUGAACAGGGAUCUGACUAUGUGGCUGAGCAAGAGGCUACCCCAGUUCAUUCCGGUACCACAAAAUCACGAGCAUAUUGAGGUUGCCCGGAUCGACGGAACCAUCGAUGGUUCUCCCUGUCUGAAGGUCACGCAGAGGUCCUUCGGGUCGCAGAACAGCAACACUGACAUCGUGUUCUAUCGCUUGAGCAUGCCGGUCGAGUGUGCCGAGGGAUUCUCAAAGUCGCCGGGGGCCACACUGCCUUCUAAUGGCAGCUUCUUCUCGCCCAAGAAGGACCUGGAUGACUUCGAAACUGUCUCAGACUUUGAGGUCCUUAUGAAAACUGCUCAUGGCCACUUGGGCCCCAAUGGCUCAGAGAGAGAUAAAGAUGAGUUCAACAACCACAAGGAUUAUAACCAAGAGAAGCCAUCUAAGCUUAAGCAGAGGUUCAUGCUUAAGAGAACCAAGCCGGAUUUCAGCACCAGCCACUCAUCUGCCCGCCUUUCAGAGGAGGUGCUAGCUGAUGAGAGGGACGACUAUGAAUACCUCAUGCAGACAUCUACGUACUAUUAUUCUGUGAGGAUCUUUCCCGGCCAGGAACCCUCAAGUGUGUGGGUCGGCUGGGUGACUUCCGACUUCCACCAGUACGACACGGCCUUCGACCUAGAGAAGGUCCGCACGGUGACUGUCACUCUGGGGGACGAGAAGGGCAAGGUCCAUGAGAGCAUCAAGCGUAGCAACUGUUAUAUGGUGUGGGCAGGAGAGAGCACCAGUCCAGGGCAGGGUCGUAACAACAACGGCCUAGAGAUUGGCUGUCUUGUGGACACUGCCAAUGGACUCCUGACCUUCACCUCCAAUGGAAAAGACCUCAGCACCUACUACCAGGUGGAGCCCAGCACCAAGCUGUUCCCUGCGGUAUUCGCUCAAGCCACCAGCCCCAACGUGUUUCAGUUUGAACUGGGCCGCAUCAAGAACGUGAUGCCUCUCUCAGCGGGCCUCUUCAAGAGCGAGAGGAAAAACGCCACCCCGCAGUGCCCGCCCCGGCUGCACGUAGAGUUCCUCACCCCGGUCCUGUGGAGCCGCAUGCCCAACCACUUCCUGAAGGUGGAGGCGUCCCGAGUCAACGACCGCCACGGGUGGCUGGUGCAGUGCUCCGAGCCUCUGCAGUUCAUGUCCCUGCACAUCCCGGAGGAGAACAGGUCCGUGGACAUCCUGGAGCUGACAGAGCAGAAGGACCUGCUGAAGUUCCACUUCCACACUCUGCGGCUCUACUCGGCCGUGUGCGCCCUCGGGAACAACCGCGUGGCACACGCCCUCUGCAGCCACGUGGACGAGGCCCAGCUACUCUACGCCAUCGAGAACAAGUACAUGCCAGGCCUGCUGCGGGCGGGCUACUACGACCUCCUCAUCGACAUCCACCUCAGCACCUACGCCACCGCGCGCCUGAUGAUGAACAACGAGUACAUCGUGCCCAUGACGGACGAGACCAAGAGCAUCACGCUCUUUCCAGACGAGAAGAAGAAGCACGGCCUGCCGGGAAUCGGCCUCAGCACCUCCCUGCGUCCGCGCAUGUAUUUCUUCUCGCCCAGCUUUGUCCGCGGAGGCGGAGACUUCUUCCAGUACAGCCCCGAGUUCCCCCUGGAGAUCCUCAAGACCAAGACCAUCGAGAUGCUGACCGAGGCCGUUCAGGAAGGCAGCCUCCAUGCCCGCGACCCCAUUGGCGGGAGCACCGAGUUCCUCUUCGUGCCCCUCAUCAAGCUCUUCUACACCUUGCUCAUCAUGGGCGUCUUCCACAACGGGGACCUGAAAAACAUCCUGCAGCUCAUCGAGCCCAGCGUCUUCUCCGAGGACUCCGGCCACGAGGGGGGCGACGCCCCAGACUGUGAGAGCUUCAAGGGCGAGCUCAGGAUAGAGGGCACCGGCGGGGAGGAGACUGGAAGGACAGGAAAGGUCCCCAAAGAAGGGCUGCUCCAGAUGAAACUUCCAGAGCCCGUCAAGCUGCAGAUGUGUCACCUGCUGCAGUACCUGUGCGACUGCCAGGUGAGGCACCGGAUCGAGGCGGUGGUGGCCUUCUCCGACGACUUCGUCGCCAACCUCCAGGACAACCAGCGCUUCCGGUACAACGAGGUGAUGCAGGCCCUCAACAUGUCCGCCGCCCUGACGGCAAAGAAGACCAAGGAGUUUCGCUCGCCUCCGCAGGAGCAGAUCAACAUGCUGCUGAAUUUUAAGGACGAGAAGCAGGACUGCCCCUGUCCAGAGGACAUCAGAGAACAGUUGCUGGACUUCCACGAAGACCUGAUGACGCACUGUGGCAUCGAAAUCGACGACGACAAGGCGAAUGAGGCCGACGGGGACUUCACCAUCAGAGGCCGGCUAAUGUCCCUGGUGGAGAAGGUGGCUUACUUGAAGAAAAAAAUGGCCGAGAUACCGAAUAAAAAAAAAUCAAAGAAACCCAGCACGCUGCAGCAGCUCAUUUCCGAGACCAUGGUGCGCUGGGCCCAGGAGUCGGUGAUCGAGGACCCGGAGUUGGUGAGGGCCAUGUUUGUGCUCCUCCACCGGCAGUACGACGGCAUCGGGGGCCAGGUGCGCGCCCUGCCCAAGACCUACACCAUUAACUCUGUGUCCGUGGAGGACACCAUCAACCUGCUGGCAUCUCUGGGGCAGAUCCGCUCCUUGCUGAGCGUGCGCAUGGGCAAGGAGGAAGAGAAGCUCAUGAUCCGAGGGCUGGGUGAUAUUAUGAACAAUAAAGUUUUCUACCAGCACCCGAAUUUGAUGAGGGCACUAGGAAUGCAUGAAACUGUCAUGGAGGUGAUGGUCAAUGUGCUAGGAGGAGGAGACUCAAAGGAAAUCACAUUUCCUAAGAUGGUGGCCAACUGCUGUCGUUUUCUUUGCUACUUCUGUCGCAUCAGUAGACAAAACCAAAAAGCCAUGUUCGAUCACCUCAGUUACUUGCUGGAAAACAGCAGCGUCGGACUCGCGUCACCCUCCAUGCGAGGCUCCACUCCUCUGGAUGUGGCAGCCGCGUCUGUGAUGGAUAACAACGAGCUGGCCCUGGCCCUCAGGGAGCCAGACCUGGAAAAAGUGGUGCAGUACCUGGCAGGCUGUGGGCUCCAGAGCUGCAUGAUGCUGGUGUCUAAGGGAUACCCAGACAUUGGCUGGAACCCCGUGGAAGGAGAGCGCUACUUAGACUUCCUCAGAUUCGCCGUGUUCUGCAAUGGUGAAAGUGUGGAGGAGAACGCCAACGUGGUGGUGAGGCUGCUGAUCCGUAGGCCGGAGUGCUUUGGCCCCGCCCUGCGUGGAGAGGGCGGCAACGGCCUCCUGGCUGCCAUGGAGGAGGCCAUUAAGAUCUCGGAGGACCCGACCCGGGAUGGCCCCUCUCCCACCUCCGAGUCCAGCAGAACCCUCAGCGACAUGCUGGAAGACGAGGAGGAUGACACCAUCCACAUGGGCAACGCCAUCAUGACCUUCUACGCAGCACUCAUCGACCUCCUGGGGCGCUGUGCCCCUGAGAUGCACCUCAUCCACGCUGGGAAGGGUGAGGCCAUCCGGAUCCGGGCCAUCCUGCGCUCCUUAAUUCCCAUCGAGGAUCUCGAGGGCGUGAUCAGCAUUCCGUUCCCUAUGCCCACUCUUGCCAAAGACGGAACGGUGGUGGAGCCAGACAUGUCGGCCGGCUUCUGCCCGGACCACAAAGCCGCCAUGGUCCUGUUCCUGGACCGCGUGUACGGGAUCGAGGACCAGAACUUCCUGCUGCACCUGCUGGAAGUGGGGUUCUUGCCGGACCUGCGGGCGGCGGCCUCUCUGGACACGGCGGCCCUCAGCGCGACCGACAUGGCCCUGGCACUCAACCGCUACCUGUGCACCGCCGUGCUGCCCCUGCUGACCAAGUGCGCACCUCUGUUCGCUGGCACGGAGCCGUACGCCUCGCUCAUCGACUCGCUGCUGCACACCGUGUAUCGCCUGUCCAAGGGCUGCUGUCUCACCAAGGCACAGCGCGACGCCAUCGAAGAGUGCCUGCUGUCCAUGUGCGGAAAGCUGAGGCCGUCCAUGAUGCAGCAUCUUCUCCGACGGCUCGUGUUUGACGUCCCCCUUCUGAACGAGCACGCCAAGAUGCCCCUGAAGCUACUGACCAACCACUAUGAGCGCUGCUGGAAAUACUACUGCCUGUCCGGAGGGUGGGGGAGUUUCGGAGCCGCCUCGGAUGAGGAGUUGCACCUGUCCCGGAAGCUCUUCUGGGGAAUAUUCGAUGCUUUGUCCCAAAAGAGGUAUGACCAAGAGCUCUUUAAACUGGCCCUGCCCUGCUUGAGUGCUGUAGCGGGGGCUCUGCCCCCAGACUACAUGGAGUCCAACUACGUGGCCAUGAUGGAAAAACAGUCAUCCAUGGAUUCCGAGGGCAACUUCAACCCCCAGCCUGCGGACACGUCCAAUGUCACUGUCCCGGAGAAGCUAGACUGCUUCAUCAACAAAUAUGCUGAACACUCCCAUGAAAGAUGGUCCAUGGAGAAGUUUGCCAACGGCUGGGUUCACGGGGAGCAGCUGUGUGAGGCUUCCAAGGUGCAUCCUCUGCUCAAGCCCUACAAAGCAUUGUCAGAGAAGGAUAAGGAGGUAUACCGGUGGCCCAUCAAGGAAUCCCUGAAGACAAUGCUCGCCUGGGGGUGGAGCAUCGAGCGCAUGAGGGAGGGCGAGACAGUGGGCCUGCACAACCGGGCACGCCGCGUCUCUCAGUCCAGCCAGCUGUCUAUUGAAGGGACACAUGGGUUCACCCCGCGGCCCAUUGACAUGAGUAAUGUGACCCUGUCCAGGGACCUGCAUUCCAUGGCGGAGCUGCUUGCAGAGAACUAUCAUAAUAUUUGGGCUAAGAAGAAGAAGAUGGAGCUGGAAUCCAAAGACAAGAAUUUAUUGUGUACAGAUGAAGGGGGAGGAAGCCACCCAUUACUGGUUCCUUAUGACACGCUUACCGCCAAAGAAAAAGCAAAGGACAGGGAAAAGGCGCAGGACAUCCUCAAGUUCUUUCAGAUCAACGGCUACACCGUCUCAAGAGCCAUGAAGGAGCAGGAGCUGGACACGCCCUCCAUCGAGAAGCGCUUCGCCUACACCUUCCUGCAGCAGCUUAUCAAGUAUGUGGAGGAGGCGCAAGAACAGAUGAUGGAGUUCGAUGUGGGCACUCGCCCUAAAGGGGAGAAGAUUUCUCACGAGCAGCAGAUGUUUUUUGGGAAGGUGGUCCUACCCCUGGUUGACCAGUACUUCAAAAAUCACCGUCUGUACUUCCUGUCCACCGCCAUCCGGCCCCUUAGUAGUGGGGGACAUGCUUCUAACAAGGAGAAGGAGAUGGUCACCAGCCUGUUCUGCAAACUCGGAGUUCUUGUCAGACAUAGGAUAUCGCUGUUCGGAAACGAUGCUACCUCUAUUGUGAAUUGCCUUCACAUUCUAGGCCAAACUCUGGACGCACGGACUGUGAUGAAAACAGGCUUGGAUAUGGUGAAGGCGGCUCUCCGGGCCUUCUUCGACGACGCUGCCGAGGACCUAGAGAAGACCAUCGAGAACCUGAAGCAGGGCCAGUUCACCCAUACGCGCAGCCAGCCCAAGGGAGUCACCCAGAUCAUCAACUACACCACCGUCGCCCUGCUACCCGUCCUGUCAUCCCUCUUCGAGCACAUAGGGCAGAACCUGUUCGGCGAAGACCUGAUACUGGAUGAUGUUCAGGUGUCUUGCUACAGGAUCCUCAAUAGCCUGUAUUCGCUUGGCACUAGCAAAAGCAUCUAUGUGGAAAGGCAAAGACCAGCGCUGGGUGAGUGUCUGGCAGCCUUCUCUGGGGCUUUCCCCGUGUCCUUCCUGGAGCCCUACCUGAAUAACUACAAUACCUACUCCAUCUACAACACAAAGGGCUCCCGUGACAGGGCAGCUCUAGGCCUCCCAGCCCAGGUGGAGGAAGUGACUCCACUCAUCCCCUCUCUGGAGAAGCUGUUGGAGGAAAUCAUGGAGCUGGCCGAGUCAGGCGUCCGCUACACGCAGAUGCCCCAUGUCAUGGAGGUGGUGCUGCCCAUGCUGUGCAGCUACAUGUCGCACUGGUGGGAGUAUGGCCCCGAGGGCAGCCCCGAAACGGCCGAGCACUGCUGCACCUCGCUCACCUCCGACCACAUGAACACGCUGUUGGGCAACAUCCUCAAGAUCAUCUACAACAACCUGGGCAUCGACGAGGGGGCCUGGAUGAAGCGGCUGGCAGUGUUCUCCCAGCCCAUCAUCAGCAAGGCCAAGCCGCAGCUCCUCAAGACCCAUUUCCUGCCCCUGAUGGAGAAGCUGAAGAAGAAGGCGGCCACUGUGCUGCUGGACGAGGAGAGCAUGAAGGCCGAGGGCCGCGGCGAGAUGUCGGAGGCCGAGCUGCUCAUCCUGGAUGAGUUCACCAUCCUGGUGCGCGACCUCUACGCCUUCUACCCGCUCCUCAUCCGCUUCGUCGACUACAACAGAGCGAAAUGGCUCAAAGAACCGAACCCAGAGGCGGAGGAGCUGUUCCGGAUGGUGGCCGAAGUUUUCAUAUUUUGGGCCAAGUCUCAUAACUUCAAACGUGAGGAGCAGAACUUCGUGGUCCAGAAUGAGAUCAACAACAUGUCCUUUUUGAUCACUGAUACCAAGUCGAAAAUGUCGAAGGGAGCCGUGUCCGACCAGGAGAGGAAGAAGAUGAAGAAGAAGGGAGACCGAUACUCCAUGCAGACAUCGCUCAUCGUGGCUGCCCUGAAGAGGAUGCUUCCAGUUGGCCUGAACAUCUGUGCCCCUGGCGACCAAGAGCUAAUCGCGUUGGCCAAGAACCGCUUCACUCAGAAAGACACCGAGGACGAGGUUCGGGAGAUUAUUCGCAAUAACCUCCACCUGCAGGGCAAGCUGGAAGACCCGGCUAUUCGGUGGCAGAUGGCUUUGUAUAAAGACCUACCCAACCGAAACGAGGACACCACAGACCCCGAGAAGACCGUAGAGAGGGUUCUGGACAUCUCCCAUGUGCUCUUUCAUCUGGACCAGGUUGAGCAUCCGCAGAGAAGCAAGAAGGCCGUGUGGCACAAGCUGCUAUCGAAGCAGAGGAAGAGGGCCGUGGUGGCCUGCUUCAGGAUGGCCCCCCUCUACAACCUGCCCAGGCACCGGGCUGUCAACCUGUUCCUGCAGGGUUACGCAAAGUCCUGGAUAGAAGCAGAGGAGCAUUACUUUGAGGAUAAGUUAAUAGAGGAUUUGGCGAAACCGGGAGAUGAGGAGCCGGCGGAGGAGGACGAGGGUCUCAAACGAAUCGAUCCUCUGCACCAGCUUAUCCAGCUGUUCAGCCGCACUGCCUUGACAGAGAAGUGUCAGCUGGACGACGACAGUCUCUACAUGGCCUAUGCUGACAUCAUGGCAAAGAGUUGCCAUGACGAAGAGGAUGAGGAUGGUGAAGAGGUGAAAAGUUUCGAAGAGAAGGAGAUGGAGAAGCAGAAGCUGCUGUACCAGCAGGCCAGGCUGCAUGACCGCGGAGCUGCUGAGAUGGUCUUGCAAACCAUCAGUGCCAGCAAAGGUGAGAUGGGGCCUAUGGUGGCGUCCACGCUGAAGCUGGGCAUCGCUAUCCUGAACGGAGGGAACUCCACCGUCCAGCAGAAAAUGCUGGAUUACCUGAAGGACAAGAAGGACGUGGGAUUCUUUCAGAGCCUGGCGGGCCUCAUGCUGUCCUGCAGCGUGCUCGACCUCAAUGCUUUCGAAAGGCAGAACAAAGCAGAGGGACUGGGCAUGGUGACUGAGGAGGGCUCAGUCAUCACUCAUGAGCGUGGGGAGAAAGUCAUGCAAGACGACGAGUUCACCUGCGACCUGUUUCGGUUCCUGCAGCUCCUGUGUGAGGGCCACAACUCAGAUUUUCAGAAUUACCUAAGGACACAGACUGGGAAUAACACAACAGUCAAUAUCAUCAUCUCCACUGUCGAUUAUCUUCUCAGAGUCCAGGAGUCCAUUAGUGAUUUCUACUGGUAUUAUUCUGGAAAAGAUGUUAUUGAUGAGCAGGGACAGCGGAAUUUCUCCAAAGCGAUCAAUGUCGCCAAGCAAGUCUUCAAUACUCUUACGGAGUAUAUACAGGGUCCCUGUACUGGGAACCAGCAGAGUCUGGCUCAUAGUCGACUGUGGGAUGCAGUGGUUGGAUUUCUCCAUGUAUUUGCUCACAUGCAGAUGAAGUUGUCACAGGAUUCCAGCCAGAUUGAGUUGCUGAAGGAGUUGAUGGACCUUCAGAAGGAUAUGGUUGUGAUGUUGCUGUCCAUGCUGGAAGGAAAUGUUGUGAAUGGAACUAUUGGUAAGCAGAUGGUCGACAUGCUAGUGGAGUCCUCAAACAACGUGGAAAUGAUUCUGAAGUUCUUCGACAUGUUCCUCAAGCUGAAAGACCUGACGUCAUCAGAUGCCUUCAAAGAAUACGACCCAGACGGAAAAGGGGUCAUCUCAAAGAGGGACUUCCACAAAGCCAUGGAGAGCCACAAACACUACACCCAGUCAGAGACCGAGUUCCUGCUCUCCUGUGCUGAGACGGAUGAGAAUGAACUGCUGGACUAUGAGGAGUUUGUGGAGAGGUUUCAUGAGCCUGCUAAAGAUAUUGGUUUCAAUGUGGCUGUCUUGCUAACAAAUCUAUCAGAGCACAUGCCACAUGACACGCGGCUUCAGACCUUCCUGGAGCUGGCAGAGAGCGUUCUGAACUACUUCCAGCCCUACUUGGGUCGCAUCGAGAUCAUGGGGAGCGCCAAACGCAUCGAGCGCGUCUACUUUGAGAUCAGCGAGUCCAGCCGCACGCAGUGGGAGAAGCCGCAGGUCAAGGAGUCCAAGAGACAGUUCAUCUUUGACGUCGUUAACGAAGGCGGGGAAAAGGAGAAGAUGGAGCUCUUCGUGAACUUCUGCGAAGACACCAUCUUCGAGAUGCAGCUGGCUGCACAGAUGUCCGAUGCUGGCGAGAGGUCCGCCAGCAAGGAGGAGAGCGAGAAGGAGAAGCCCGAGGAGGAGAACCCAGACAUGGGCUUCUUUUCGGUCACCACCGUAAGGACUGCGCUGUUUGCUCUGCGCUACAAUGUGAUGCUGCUGAUGAAGGUGCUUUCCAUGAAGAGCCUUAAGAAACAGGUGAAGAAGGUUAAGAAGAUGACGAUGAAGGACAUGGUGAUGACGCUCAUCUCCUUUUACUGGAGCGUGCUGAUGGGCCUCUUCCACUUCUCCUUCAGUGUGUCACGGGGCUUCUUCCGCAUCAUGUACAGUACAUUCCUGGGGGGCAGUUUGGUGGAGGGGGCCAAGUCAAUGAAGGUGGCAGACCUCCUGGCCAACAUGCCGGACCCUACGCAGGAUGAGGUCCGGGGAGAAGGGGAGGAGGGCGAGAAGAGACCCGCGGACAGAUCCUCGGCCCAAGAGGACUUGGCGGAUCUGGCAGUGGCUAGUGAUGAUUCGGAACUGCUGUCAGACAUUUUUGGGUUAGAUUUGAGGAGGGAGGGUGGACAGUACAAGCUGAUGCCUCAUAAUCCAAACGCCAGCCUCACUGAAAUCCUGACCCCUCCUACUCCUGCAGUUCCCCCACCUUCACCAGAACCACAAAAGCGGGAGGAGAAGGAACCUCCAGAGGAAGAGAAGAAAGAAAAAGAGGAGAGCAAGAGCGAACCUGAAAAGGCGGAGGGAGAAAACGAGGAGAAGCGUGACAAAGUCAAAAGUGGCAAGCCGAAGCCGAAGAUCCGGAAGCUCAACGCCUCCAAGUCCGAUGAGCCAGAUCUUCAGGAGUCUGCAUUCUGGAAGAAGAUCAUUGCAUACCAAAGGAAGCUGCUUAAUUAUUUCGCUCGGAAUUUCUACAACAUGAGGAUGCUGGCUCUUUUUGUAGCCUUCGCCAUCAACUUCAUCCUUCUCUUCUACAAGGUGUCCACGUCCUCGGCCGUGAUCGAGGAGAAAGAGGUGGUGUGCAGUGAAACGCCGGACCCCAGGGUCAGGUGGACGCCAGUGGACAACGCGCCCCAACGGCCUGUGACAGUGCAUUUCGUCCUGGAAGAGAGCAGUGGCUAUAUGGAGCCCACGCUACGCAUCCUGGCUGUCUUGCACACAGUCAUAUCCUUCUUCUGUAUCAUCGGCUACUACUGCCUGAAAGUCCCUUUGGUGAUCUUCAAACGGGAGAAGGAGGUGGCGAGGAAGCUGGAGUUUGAUGGGUUGUAUAUAACGGAGCAGCCUUCGGAAGAUGACAUCAAAGGGCAAUGGGACAGACUCGUAAUUAACACACAAUCCUUCCCGAAUAACUACUGGGACAAAUUUGUUAAAAGAAAGGUGAUGGACAAGUACGGCGAGUUUUACGGGCACGAUCGCAUCAGUGAGCUCCUGGGCAUGGAUAAAGCUGCUCUGGAUUUCAGCGUUGCCCAUGAGAAGAGAAAACCAAAGAAGGACAGCUCACUGGCAGCUGUGUUAAACUCCAUUGAUGUCAAGUAUCAGAUCUGGAAACUGGGCGUGGUCUUCACAGACAACUCCUUCCUCUACCUGGCCUGGUACAUGACCAUGUCCAUCUUAGGACACUACAACAACUUCUUCUUUGCCGCUCACCUCCUGGACAUCGCCAUGGGUUUCAAGACCCUGCGUACCAUCCUGUCCUCUGUCACGCACAACGGCAAGCAGCUGGUGCUUACGGUGGGCUUGCUAGCGGUGGUGGUCUACCUGUACACAGUGGUAGCUUUUAAUUUCUUCCGGAAGUUCUACAACAAGAGCGAAGACGGGGAGUCCCCGGACAUGAAGUGUGAUGACAUGCUGACUUGCUACAUGUUCCACAUGUAUGUGGGGGUGCGAGCCGGCGGCGGUAUCGGUGACCAGAUAGAAGACCCGGCAGGGGACGAGUACGAGAUCUACAGGAUCAUCUUUGACAUCACAUUCUUCUUCUUCGUCAUCGUCAUCCUGCUGGCCAUCAUUCAAGGUUUGAUAAUUGAUGCUUUUGGUGAGCUACGAGACCAGCAAGAGCAAGUGAAGGAAGACAUGGAGACCAAAUGCUUCAUCUGCGGCAUCGGCAAUGACUACUUUGACACAGUACCCCAUGGCUUUGAGACCCAUACGCUGCAGGAGCACAACUUGGCCAACUAUCUAUUUUUUGUUAUGUAUCUCAUUAACAAAGAUGAAACGGAGCACACAGGCCAGGAGUCAUAUGUGUGGAAGAUGUAUCAAGAGCGUUGCUGGGAAUUCUUCCCGGCCGGAGACUGUUUCCGCAAACAGUACGAAGACCAGCUCAACUGAACUUUCUUACACUGCAGUCAUAAUGACCAAUUACUUAAGGACUACUUUAUUUAUUUGGAAUGCUUUUCAGACUUUGUACAUAUAUGAUACACUGUAUAUCGUUCCCUGAGUGCUUUUGGAGCACAGAGGCUGUGCUUUGAUGACUCAAUGCUUCAUCUAAUACAUUUGCUUUAAAAACUCAUUGAAAAGCAAAAAAAGAGAAAGAAAAAACAAGAAAAGUUUGAAAAAGGGAAAAAAAAACUGACAUUGAUAUGAACUGUUCCUGGAGACUCAUGGGAAAUGUUUCUUUUGAGAGCACAUGUAUAAAAAAAAGGCAAAUAUCCUGCUCAUCCUAAGCCUCUUGAUUUCUUCAUCAAGGAUGAUGUAAUUCGUGUGGAUGGAGUGGGCAGCAAUUAGGAAAUAGUGCCUUACCAAGCCUGGGUUGAGCUAUGCAAGCAAGAGAAGUCGAGUGCAUGAGCACGUCACUGAUCCGCUCAUUGGCCGAUGUGUCGUCCGCGUCUCACGUGCCGUCUGUGCCGUCCGUGUGCAAGUGCGUGCGCGAGUGUUUGUGCACCUCAGGACAAGCGUUGGGUAGUUAUAUCAAGCUCCUUCACCUCUCACCGGUUCCUUUGCUUUACUUUAUUUCUUUGAUUUUUGGUAAUGCUCUUAUGCAAUACAGUAACAGAGUUAAUCUUUGUAUACAAGUUUAACAAAAAAAAAAAAACAAUCUUUGACAAAAAAAAAUUGAUUGCAUGUUUAUUAUGCAAGUUUAAUGAGAAAAAAAAAACGUUUAAAGACGCAAGUUGGUCAGUGUCACACAAAAUGUUUUUUUAGAUUUAAGAAUACUUAUAUCUAUAGUAUUAAAGUGUUGUGGGCUUUAUUGUAAAUUCCAGGCCAAUAUCAUCAGGCAGAAACGCAUUCUAUAUACAGUUUUGGUCGUAGGCUUCAUCCAUCACCAUGUUUUAAAUAAUGUAGGUAAGGAUACGUUCUCGACUCAUUUUGACUGACACCGAAGCAAUACACAUUCAGGGAUAUCACAGGGCACCAUUGUAACUUUGCUGUCUGUAGAUUGGCCAUUUUUGUUGUUGGUUGUUUCCAAAUCGAACGGCGACCUUUGCAAGUAAAACCUUCAGUAUAUUAAAGCAGAAUUGAAGCAGCCGGUACCGCUAGCCGUGUCUGGAAAUAGGGGAUGUUUUUUUAAGGACGCUUUGCUUCCCUGUUGGGUUUUUUGUGUUCGCUGUUCUCCGUUUGUUUGUUUUCCUGCACACAUCGGUCAUUAAGCCAUAGUGCAUUGUCAUCCUCCUGUCAUCGGCGGCGAACACGCUUUCUUACAUGUUAUACUAAAAUGUGAACUCACUGCAAUAACAGGAAUUGGGAAGCAGCCAGUUUAGAUAAGUGGUGUUUUACUCAUGUAAAGAAUUUUGAUAACAAUGCUUAAAAUACCAUGGGAAAUGUCACUAAGUAGUGUAACCAUGAGGAGUUUGCAUUAUAUUAUUGUGUGUAAACUGUAAAGAGAAAUUAAGAUAACUUGGAUUUGCAUGAUUUUGAAAAUAAAUGAGAUUAUUUAUUGAA